GUUUGGGGUCCAUCGGGGUCCUGACGGCGCGGGUGAAGACAUAGCUAACCUGUAUUGCAUUAUUAAAACACGCCGAUUUUUCGACUGUAAACGUCUCUGGUCUUGAAAAUGUCUGGCAGGGAAGGAGGCAAAAAGAAACCACUGAAGGCACCAAAGAAACAAUGUAAAGACAUGGAUGAAGAUGACCUGGCCUUCAAGCAGAAACAGAAGGAGGAGCAGAAGGCCAUGGAGGCGUUGAAGGCCAAGGCUUCAGGAAAAGGACCUCUGGGCACCGGUGGUAUCAAGAAAUCAGGGAAGAAGUAAAGAGUCCAUCUGCACAUGUGUGUUUCCUCCUCAGCCUGAAGAGUCUGGACCCACAGAACCUCAGCCGCUUCAUUUGGACAAAUCUGAGCCCCAUUCUCCUCUAACACACACUAGUGUCCUCCUCUACCUCCUACAUCUACUCCUCCUUCACCUCCUCCUCCUUUUCCUCCGUCUCCUCCUCCUGUCUUCUCCUCCUCCUCUGUCUCCUCCACCUCUGUCUCCAUGUCUCCAUAUCUCCAUAUCUAAUGCUCCCUCUCAUUAAAGCUCCCUCCCUCCGUCCUGUACUGACAUGUCAUCAUAUUUGUCGUUGUGACCAAACUCUUGACAUUUACAGAAGUAGUUCUGCUGCUCCUCAAACCCUGAUCUCCUCUGACAUUUGUUUUGGGUCCAGAUGAUCCCUAGUUCUUUUUUUCUUGUGAACAGGUAGAUGCUAAUAAAGAUUUUUGUAAUUACUGUG